AUGGAACUCGGGAAACCAGCAGCCCCCAUCGGCCAAUCGAGCGACUCUGCGCGCCCCUGUUGCUCUAGUCGCUUCCAUACUGCAGAUGAUGUGCACGCGUGCAUGACAGAUUCUAACAAAACAUCUGCUCAUACUCUGCACUUUGAUUCGGCAGACAUCCGCCCAUCUCUUCAGCGAAGCAGCAGUACGCCUACGUCCAGUGGUCCUGCUCUCCGCUCGACAUACCGAUCCAGACUCUCCCUUUGCAAUCAAAUGCACCACCAGUAUAUCCAGACGGACCACGCGUCUCCUUCGGAUUUACGGCAUAGUCCUAGGGCGCACUCAUUUCAGCUCGAAUCCAAUUCUUCGCUGUCUCACGGACGGAACCGACGCAUCUACGGCGCACCGCAGACGCUGUCUUCUUCGCGGCCGAUCAAGCGUCCAUCUCAUCUGCAGCGAGAAAAACUUGUCCGUGCCGCGGACGAUUGGGCCUUUUGUCCGUCAGACAGCUUACCAAGUCUCCCAGCCUCCCCAAGCCGGGUGCGUGCAGAGCAUCAUGCCAAAGAUGUGAGCCAUCGGCCUGAAAUCUUGCCCCAUGGACCUUUCAAAGGCUCGUUUCCAGGCACACAUGUGUCAAACCAUAUUGCACCACAGUCGCCCUCGUUCUUGAUCCAACGCUUCAAUUUCAAGCUUGAUUCGACUCCUCCCAUGCAACCUAGUAUUUUCUCAUUUCAGGGUGACACUACACAACCACACACCACUAGCUCUCUUGCUUCUGUUGAUUCUGAUUGUCCCAGGCAAGUCCAAGCACUGUCGCCGAGUAGGAUACCUCCAACAAUGCGUCCCUUGUCACCUUUCACCAUGGACCAGCCGUGUCAUCCCGGCCGCAUGUCACACCACAGUGAUGGGCCUCUGUUGCCCGUUCAAAAUACGGACUGUGAUGCGUGUGUGCAGUGCUAUCAACCUCAAAAUAAUAGCCCAUGUACACUAGAGCAUGGCGCGCCUAUCGCUCCGUUCCGUGUGGGUGAUCGAAUAGGGCCUGGACUUGUCCAUGACAAUGAAAUUGUCCGCAAGGCACAGGCGAAUGCUGGUGUUGAUGGCAGGGAGCUCUCUGAAUUCACAAAACCACUGGAAAUCGUCAAGCUAUUAGGACACGGGAGCUAUGCUGUUGUGUAUCUCGUUCGUGAAGUGAUUUCAAGUUACGACACUUCAACUUUGUUCCCUUUGCCUUGUGUACCGUCAGUCACUUCGUCUGGUUCGUCGCCCUCACUUCCAACUAAUUUAGACAAAGCAAUGACAACAGCAGCAAAUGCUCACCAAGCACAACAUGUCGAUACUGCUGCAUUAGAUUCGUGUAUUGAUGCCUAUGCAUCUGUCCAGUCAUAUGUUGCGCCUCCAUCCAAUCAGGCUAACGAUUCACCGAAGGAGUAUGCGCUGAAGUGCCUAUCGAAAAGGAAUCUGACACCGGAUCAGCUGUCUUUUCAACGCCUUGAGGCCAUGAUUCAUCGGUCAAUCCCAUCGAAUCCGAACAUUGUAACACUGUACAACGUAUACGAGACAGACAACUGGCUAUUUCUUGUGCUUGAAUAUUGUCCGGGAAAAGACCUUUACUUUUGGUUGCAAGAGGCGAAUGACUCGAUCGGUAAGCCUGGUUGGUGCCACAAUUCCUCCCCUAGCUCGUCUUUUCAACCAUCGCCAAAUGGAGAUGCAAGAAUGUCUCCAUCGAGUCGGCGGGAUGCAACUCGUUCAGCGUGGCUACUAAUGUCGCGAUCCCCGAACUCGCUUCUGUCGAAGUCGCGGCUCCAGCUUAUCAGCACCAUGUUUGGGCAGAUGUGUGACGCCGUACAAUUCUGCCAUGAUCACGGCGUUAGUCACCGCGACAUUAAGCCAGAAAACUUUAUCAUCCAAGACUGUUCACAACAAGGCAUUAACGACGAUCGCGUCGUCGUGAAACUAACCGACUUUGGUCUAGCUACGGUGAACGAGCGAUCAAGUGAAUUCAACUGUGGUUCUAAGCCCUACAUGGCGUUUGAGUGCCGACACGAUUUAACGUCGACGUAUGAUCCAAAGCAAGCGGACACAUGGUCGUUGGGAAUUGUGUUGUUGAAUCUGAUUUUCUUACGCAGCCCAUUCAAGGAACCAUCUGUUCAACACUGCGCAUCAUUCUCCGCAUUUUGCUUGAAGCCCGUGACAUUUUUGAUGCAAGCCUUUGACGGGCUCACGGAAGAAGUGGCCCAUUUCCUCUGCGAUCAUGUCUUUUGUGAUGUUACGCACGGUCAGCGUAGGCGGAUUGCACCUGGCGCUCUCGGCAAUUGGGCCGCCGGCCUUCCUUAUAUGUUAGGCGUCCAUCAUACAACGUCGCAAGGUGCGCAUCACAAGAUCGAUGCACGCACGAACAAUACAUCUCUAUUGAGUGUAUCAGAACAAAAUAUUGGCUCUCUUUCCUCCCUGGGAUCGAAGGCAGCGCAUGGAAUGUCGUGA